UUAUAUAGCUUUCAGGUAUGAGGCUUAAAGAUUCUACAUUAGAAGUAUUCGGAGAAUGGCAAACUACAGAAUAUGAACCACCAGUAGCUAAAGAUGGCAUUGUACCUCGUAAUGAGUAUGGAAAUGUAGAUUUGUUUAAGAAAUGUAUGCUUCCAAAAGGCACAGUGCAUAUAAACCUUCCAGGAUUAAAUCGCAUUGCCCGGAAACUGAACAUAGAUUGCGCGGCCGCCGUAGUGGGUUUCAAUUUCGGUUGUAGAGGUGCCGUGCCAGCCACCGAAGGUUUUGUCGUAUGCGCUGAAUACGAAGAUACAUUACGAGAAGCUUGGGAAACAGAACAAGUCGAAGCGACUAAACGCGCCUUCGAAAAAAGAGAAAAGAGGAUUUACGGCAAUUGGAAGAAACUCAUUAAAGGUUUACUUAUUAAGGAGAAACUAUCGCAAAAAUAUGAGUUUCAAGAGGAAUCGAAAACCAAUCAGUCGAACAAACGUCCGAAGCAACGAAAGGGCACCGUAAAAAAAUCUAAAGCAUGAUAGAGUGUGUGUAUACAUAUUGUCUUUUGUAUGUUAAUUGAAAAACUCUUAUCUUUAAAAUGAAGCAUUUAUUUGUGUUAAAUACCAUAAUAUUAAACAUUCACAGAUUCGAUACUUAUUUUUAAAAUAAUUUGUUCAUCAGUAUUUUACACAAUAAUAAACCAGAUAAGAAAUAAUAAUGAUUUUUUGUCCUGUUUGAGUAUUGUAUGAUUGGUUCUAAUUAUUUUGUGUAAAUUAAAUUUUAUUUUUGUAAUAUAAUAUAACA